AUGGCGGAGGGCGCCGAGGCGGAGGCGCCGCGGCUGGCCGAGCUGCUGGCCACGGGCUGGCGCCUCUGGGAGGAGGUGGAGGCCGGCACCGAGCCCUCCUCGUCGGCGCCGGCCGUGCAGGACAAGGUGCGGCGCGGGCUGGAGGCGCUGCAGCAGGCGGCCAACAUGGUGGCGCAGCUGGAGCUGUUCAGCGAGAACGAGGAGCUGGAGGAGAUCGCCUCGGCCGACCUGCGCUACCUGCUGCUGCCCGCGCUGCUGGGCGCGCUCACGCUGCGGCAGGCCGGGCAGGGCCAGCGGCUGGAGCACCUGGAGAGCGCCCGGCGCCACCUCGCCCGCUUCCUGCGCCUCUGCAAGGCCUACGGCCUGGGCGCCUUCGCCCUGCCCGCCGACAGCCCCGCGCCCGACGACGGCCCCGCGCCGCCCGCCGGCCUCGUGGCCAUGGCCUCGGCGCGCCACGCCAAGAUCGAGAGAUAUAAGCAGAAGAAGGAACUGGAGAACAGGUUGGCCUCUAUGAAAACCUUUGUGGAGAGUGGGCAAGCAGAUGAUSAUCAGAUGCGAGAAUUUUACCUCCUGCAAAUCCAGAAAUGGAUCCACAUCAGCCUCGAGGAAAUUGAGAGUAUUGACCAAGAAAUGGUCAUUUUAAAGAGCAGAGGUACAAUAAAACAGUCUUCAGCACCACCACAUGGCACUUCUCGGCAAGUCAGGGCUCCAUUGAAACCUUUCAUUCUCACCCGGGAUGCUGCUCAGGCUAAAGUGUUUGGUGCUGGAUAUCCUGGCGUGCCAACUAUGACAGUGGAUGAUUGGUAUGAGCAGCGCAGGAGGCAAGGGGUCAUGCCUGGCCAGAGUGUCCCUCAGAGAACACCAGCAGGUAUAAAUGAUGAAGAACUGCAGAAGAAGCAGCAGGAGAAAAAAGAGGAAGAGGACGAUGAGGAAGCUCUUCAAAAAGCUCGGAACUGGGAUGACUGGAAAGACACGCACCCAAAAGGCUAUGGCAACAGACAGAAUAUGGGCUGACACUCCAGCAGCGGGGGAACUAGGGCUUGGAAAUCCUGCAAGAAUGCCUAUGUCCUGGAGAUGUAGGAGCAAAAUACACUGUACAUAUGCAGAGGUAUCCUUGACUUCUUUGGGAGUCACCGGAGUCCGAGGAGUGAACAGGACAGUUUUGUUUUGGUUUACGUAAGUGCCAGUCUCAGAGUGCGCUUGUCAUGUGCAGCGCUAACGCAGAAGCUCUUGUCGAGCAGAGCUCGUUCUGGGGGAUCCGUCUACCUCUGCUCUCCCAUGCAGAGGCAGUCCUCGAGAGAAAGAACAUGAGUCUGAAAACAAAUCUUUGUACUGUUGGUGGAU